AUGAAAGUCUCGUCGCUCCUCUCCAACCUCACUCUCCUCUUCCUCCUCUCCACGUCGACAGCCGCCAAACCUCCUUUGACCCCAGAGCCAAAGCCCCGUCUGGAUCGCCGAGCGAGGGACUCGAGGUUAGGAUCCAACUUCUCGAUGAUCCCGAUUUGGAGGACGUUCGGAGGGACGAACGUCGUGAACAUAGGUUUGGGAGGGGAUGGGCCGGGAUUUAGUACGCAGCCUAUGAAUUUGACUUUGUCGACCUCGAUCAAUUACCUGCUGGUAUCUACGAUCGAAUGUAGGGGUUGCGUCGAUGGAGGUCUAGCGUAUGACCCCUCCCUAUCAACAACCCUCACCCGCACCCCUCUCGCCUUGCAAUACACUUACCCAUCCACGACCCUUCAAUACGACUCUUCUUCCAUCUCCUCUUUGCUCAACGUGUCAGGGCAGAUAGCGAGGGAUACCAUCAAUGACGGAAGGAGGGAUGUGGAACAACGGACGGUGGUCUUGGUGGACGAGUUCUUAGAUGCAAGGGGUACGGUUGUGGAUAAUUUUGGCACGGGGUCGGGGUUUAGCCCGGACACAGAGGGGUUUUAUGGGUUGGGUAUCGAUUUGGCAACACCGAUGAACUCGCUCAUCCCGCAAGUCUUGGCCACGUCGAACCCGCCACAAGAAGGUCUGGUGGUAGGAAUCGACAUGUUGCCCUAUUCUCUGGAUGUUACGGAACAGGCGGGGGUGAUACAUUGGGGAGCUGUACCGGAGGGGAGUUAUCGGGGCGGUUGGAACUGGAUAAGACCGACGGGAAGUCUGUUGAGCGUCUGGGCGACGAGGCUGAACAAGGUAGAGAUCAAUGGGCGCGACAUUGGUACCUCUGGUUUCCGGGCCACGAUUGAUCCUUCUCAGUAUACGAUCAUCGUCCCCGAAGCGACGGCGAUAUCGAUCUAUUCCCGGGUGGAUGGGGCGAUCAGGGAUCGGGUUACUACCAGCCGAUGGAACGUACCUUGCGACGCCUCGAUCGACUUCGCGAUACAUCUACCGGGAGGCAAUUACAAAGCCAACAGCACCGACUUGGUUCAACAUCGCAGCGUGAGGUCGUGCUGGGGCGGGAUCGUCGCCUGGCCGAGCGGGAGCACGAUGGAUCGACAAGGGGAGGUGUUGUUGGGUACGCCUUUCCUGUCGAAUGUUUACACUGCGCUAUAUUACAGCCCAGAUGAGCGCUAUGUCGGGCUGGCUGCGAAACCUGGAGUAGGGGGUAGCGUGGUCAAGCCGAUAGGAAAUCGACUUUCCAGCGGUGCCAUCGCCGGUAUCAUUAUCGCCCUCAUCGCCGUCAUGCUGAUCGCUCUCGGACUCCUCUUCUCUCGCUCCCGCGACUCGAUGGCCGGCUACUACUCCCGUGUCAUCCGUAAACAGCAUAAACUCGCCACUACCCAGAUGAUGCAUCAAUACCCUGGCAUGGAGCCUCCACCGCUCAUCAUGCAAGCUCAACCCGUGUUCAGUGAACCUCGGCAUAUGGAUGCGCUCUAUGCGAGGCCGUUCAUGACGGGACAAAAGGGGUACGAGAGGGAGAUGGCUUUGGGGAUGGACCCGUUGGUGGGGAUGGGGAUGUAUGGGCAGCAGCAACAACAACAGCCGCAGUACUCGGUCGAAAGCGAUUCGAAUCGAGGAUCAGGGUUCUGGGAAGGAUGGAGGCGGGCCAAGGAAGAGUCGCAAUGGAGGAAACAACAAGAGCGACCGGGUCAGAUGGUUCAACAUGCUGGAGCAGGAGCUAGUGAGUACGGGGAAUAUCAUCCGGGACAAGAGCAGGUACAACCGUACCCUCAUCCGUACCCAAAUCCUUACGAGGGUGGAGACCCGAAUCAAACUCCAGCUCAAGGACACAUGACCACCACCGACACCAUCAGCAUCGUUCCUCGGGAGGAGCUUCUGAGCGCGGACAUUCCGGUCAUCACCAGCACCACCAUCAUCACCAUGACCAUACUCAUGCUCACAGUGGUAGCGGCGAUAUAG